AUGGCUGGUAGUGUUGAUGGUGGCGAGGAUGACGGCAAUGAGGGUGAGCACCAUUCUAAUUCCUCUACACAUAUAAUAACGAAACCAUCAUCAACAACAACAGCUCGGGUUUUAUACUUUGUUGAUGAAUCCACAACAUCCAUCGCAUAUGCGGAGGGACAUGUAAUGCGCCCUUCUCGUGUACGUGCACUACAUUCCCUUGUACGAUCUCUCGGGUUGGAUGCGCACAUGGUGGUGUGUCAACCACGGCCGUCAACAGCAGAGGAAUUGCAGGGAUUUCAUCGUUCUGCUUAUGUGGAGUGCCUGCGGUCGGCACCGUACAUCUGUGGAAACCCACUUGAUCCCAUUGCUAUGUCUUAUCAAAAGGAAUUUGGAGUGCCAGUGCUGUCCCGUGAAGGGGAUUGUCCUCUCUUUCCAGAGGUGUGGGAACUUGUGGCUAGUCAGGCAGGUGCUUCCAUCGCCUGUGGAGAAGCCCUCUCUCGCGAUGAAGCAGAUAUUGCGAUCAAUUGGGCUGGCGGAAUGCAUCAUGGUGCGGCGGCGCAUGCGAGUGGAUUUUGCUUUGUAAAUGAUAUUGUACUUUGUAUUCAACGUUUACUGCGUAGAUUUCAGCGUGUCUUGUACCUUGAUCUGGAUGUCCAUCAUGGGGAUGGUGUUGAGACGGCAUUCUACGGUAAUACACGUGUCAUGACGGUAUCUUUACAUCAAUUUGGAAAUGGAUUUUUUCCUGGUACCGGCGAUUAUGGGAGUUCAGAGACGGCGAGGAGUUUUGCAGUGAAUGUUCCACUUCCCAUGCGUACCGGUGAUGCCGCAUACCUUUUGUUCUUUCGCACUGUAUUCACAGCUGUUGUACGCUGCUUUGACCCCGAAGCAACAGUCGUACAGUGCGGUGCGGAUGCCAUUGUUGGCGAUCUCAUUGGAAGACUUAACAUCACCACCGCCACUCACGCCCAAUGCGUAGCAGAUGUGCUUGGUCUUGGGCUGCCGACUGUUCUGCUUGGAGGAGGUGGAUAUCAUGUUUUCAACACUGCACGGUGUUGGGCAAUAGACACAGCAACAGCUCUUGGACGUCCGUUGCCACAUUACAUUCCACGUCAUGACCCAUACUAUGAGGAGUACCGGAGGGAACGUGCCCCACACCGACCGACAAUGCAUGUAUUUCUGGAUUCUGAGGUUGAUCGCCCGCUAACGUUGCGCAGUGCAUGGGGGGACUGGCGCCGACUUUGUGAGAGCAUUCGAGAGCAGAUGAAGUAUGCACGCAUUGUAAGGGAGUCAUUUCUUCGUGUCGUGUCUGAGGCAAGGGAUGCAGCAGCAGCAUCAAAUAAGCCCAGGGUUUCUGUGGCAAAAAAGAGGAAGAGGCAAAGAAAGAACAAGUGA